UCAAAGGUCUUUUGAAACUAUCUGAAUUGACAACCCUUAUAAUUGGGUGCCGAAGUGCUCCUAUGUUGAGUACAGUAGAGCAUGAGGAGAAAACUUUAAUGACGCGAAUACCAGAUCACAUUUUCCAAGAACUUAUGCCAUCAUAUUUUAAAGGAUCCAAGGCAGUUGCUUAUCAUUUGGACCGCCAAAGAUUGGUGAUUGAGUUGCCACGUGAAGUAUACUCCUUAAAAGCUAUAUUUGAUCCUAUGCCAGAGGGAUACAUACAUGCUCUCCAGGAGCUGGUCAUAACCUACAGAUAUCUAGACAUAGAAGAGGUCAAAAGUAUAACGCAAAUCGUAUCAUUAAGAAAACUUAGAUGCGGAUUUCGGCAUGCCAUUAGUUUUUCCCAUGUGCGUAGUCUCACAAAUCUUGAAUGCUUGAAAGUCAAGUCGUAUCCGCAAUUCACGGAUAUAUAUGAUCAUCUUGUGGCGUCUUUGCAAGAAUGUCACAAUCUUCAAUCCAUUGACUUGCAUUUCAAUGCUCGUGUGCAGUUAAUCAGCUGCGAUUUUGUGGAGCGAGCAAUCCAAGCACUGAAGUUAGCCAGAGAUCCAAAGGUUCAGAGUCCGCUGAGGUUAAGCUGCUUUGUUAGUCUAGUUUUCCUUGAACCGAAUGCUUUCAUUGAUGAAGAGUUUUUGAGCCUGUCCAUUAACAGAUUGCAGAAAGAUGAGGACUUGUGGAUAUAUUAUGAAACGAGACCCCAUGACUAACGAUAUAUAUAUGAAUAAUAA